AUGGCUCCAGGUCUCGUACUACCAAUUUCAGAGGAAAUCAAAGACACAGUCCAGCCAAAAAAAGAUACUUUGGGACUGCCUGAACCGGCGCGCAAGAGGCUCGAGAAGGCCGGAAUCGAUCUAUCAAAUGGCUACCCGUACCGCCCAGCAAAGCCACUAUUUCUAGACGAUGUGAUCAAGAUUCGUGAUUACGACAGGGAACAUGUAGACCCAGGUUCGCGAGCCGAUCCAGAGAAAAAGGCGUUGCUCUCAGCUGCUAAGGAGGUCAUUCACCUCACUGCCCAUAUUGGCACAGAGAUUGUCGGCCUUCAGUUGAAAGACCUUACCGAUCAGCAGAAAGAUGAGCUGGGCUUGCUGAUUGCUGAGAGGAGUGUCGUCUUCUUCAGAGACCAGGAUAUAUCUCCACAACAACAAAGGACCCUCGGCGAGUGGUACGGAGAAAUUGAGGUUCACCCUCAGGUUCCUUCGGUACCUGGCGUUCCUGGAACCACUGUUAUCUGGCCUGCGCUACAGGCGACCGAAUCCCCGGCGAGUUUUAGACAGACCGGUGGUGCAUCUAGAUGGCAUACUGAUCUCGUACAUGAACGUCAGCCAGCGGGUGUGACGCAUCUCCACAAUGACACGAUCCCAAAAGUUGGCGGAGAUACCCUUUGGGCUUCAGGAUACGCUGCAUAUGAGAAGUUGUCGCCCGACUUUCGCAAGAUUAUCGACGGAAAGCAAGCUGUGUAUAGGUCCGCGCACCCUUAUCUCGACCGCAACCACCCAGAAGCUGGACCCAAGUUCAUCGAGCGCAUCCAUCCCCUAGUCAGAGUACACCCUGCGACUGGCUGGAAAGCUCUGUGGGUCAACCGAGCAAUGACUGUCAGAAUUGUCGGACUUGAUAAGGCGGAGAGUGACGUUAUUCUAAACUACCUGUACGAUGUGUACGAGAAGAACGUCGACAUUCAGGUACGAUUCAGAUGGACUCCGGGCACUUCGGCGCUGUGGGACAACAGAAUUACGAUCCACAAUGCCAGCUGGGAUUAUGAGGGCAACGAGCCGAGACACGGCACGCGUGUCACGGCGUUGGCGGAGAAGCCGUUCUUCAAGGCAGAUGCGCCAACGAGACGGCAAGCACUUGGCCUGGCUGGCCCUGAGGAUGUUUAGAAGACGUGCACAUCUCUUGAAUGGAGAACUAAAUUGUAUGAAUUGUGCAUCUAGCGACACUCAGUCAGUGCAUGGCCAACCCGUUGCCACUCCUAAGCUUCAUCAUUCCGGUGCCCAAGUCCAGUUGAAGUGUCGUGCUCUAACUCUUAUUGAAGAUGCAAAGAAUUGGUGAUCGAGAGACCCAUGCGUAGAGAAUGGAACCAAAAAUAGCUUUCAAGGCGGUAACGUGUGUAUCUGAGCGCCACUUGGACAGACCGGGUUCAAAUACCGAUACCUCAUUCUUGAGUUCAAAACGACUCUUGAGUACAUACCUAUAUUCGAUUCAUAGCGCAACCCCAUCACGCCCGCAUUGUCCAUCACACUGCAUACACUUUGCGCACUCCUAGCUCUGCAACUUCUCUACCACUAACUCCAAAUAUACCACAA